UGAAUUGGCGCCAUAGAGGACACCAGUAUCGAAAUAAUUAUCGUUGUAAACAAGUAAAAAAUAAGGUUUUGAAAACACAAAUGACAGAUAAUUUAUUGAUAUUUAUAAAACGUGAUAUAUUAAAAAUAUUGUUUAUUAAUUAAAUAUUAUAUAAAGUGUAUAAAUUAAUGAUUAAUAAGUUUAAUUAUCUGUAACGCUGAAUUAAAUCGUCUGUGAAAAAAUUAAUAACCUAAAAAUGUCAGACCAAGAUCACGAUAGUAGUGGAGAUCGUGGUGAUGGAGAUGGUGCUAAAUCCGACAAACUAUUUACUUUGAAAAAAUGGAAUGCUGUUGCAAUGUGGAGCUGGGAUGUUGAAUGUGAUACCUGUGCUAUUUGCAGAGUUCAAGUCAUGGAUGCCUGUCUACGUUGUCAAGCUGAAAGUAAAAAAGACUUUGAUGGUCGUCAAGACUGCGUUGUAGUUUGGGGUGAGUGUAAUCACUCAUUUCAUUAUUGCUGUAUGUCACUCUGGGUAAAACAAAACAACCGAUGUCCUCUUUGUCAACAAGAAUGGUCUAUUCAACGAAUGGGAAAAUAAUUUUUUUUUUUUAUUACAUUAUUUCAUUAUAAUUCAUUUUACUAAUCAGGAUCUUGUAUCUAUAAAUUUAAUAAAAGAAAAAUCGAAUUAAAAAUUCUAAAUUUUACUGUAGAUAAUUAUUGAAAUUAUUUUUUUUUGUAUUUAAGUUCAAAAAGUAAUGAAGAAUUUUUUAAUAAAACUAUUUACUCAACAAUAA